GCUUCAUCUCGGGUUAAAGUUGGCCUACCACGACUUGUCUGCUCUUUACCUUAGUUCGGCGCUACCUCGUCGGGAUAGUUGAGGCACAUUCUGGAGUUGUGAGGUUAUCUGCGCUGGAGGAUUGAUCCCCUUCCCUCGUUUGUUGCUGUAUGCAAUAGGGGAUGGCUGCGUCUUCUGUCGAAGAGCCGGGGCAGGGAGGAACAAUGACCUUAGGUCUUUUAACCAAACUCCGUAAAAGGACGUGUCCCUCCCUCCGCUCAAACACGAUGUAUGCCUAUAACACAUUGACACAUCGAGAACACGAAGAUCAACCAUAUACCACGUCGGAUGCACAUACACAAACCACCGCCAACUAUCCCUCGUCACCUGAGUCUCUCCCUGUACCGAUGCGGCCUGUGCAUAACCCGCCAGAGGAAAGCCAUUUGCGAGUUCCUUUCACCGAUUUUUGUUACGCAGUGUUCGGAACUCCGCCUCCCAAUUUACCGAGGGCGGUGGAACGCUUAUCAAGGAGUAACACUUUCCUCUCUUACAGAAAGCAAUAUAUAGAAACGUGCGAUUUCAAAAAACGGAGUCCUGCGUACCCUCACGAUCCAGAUAUUGAACUCAUGCGUCUAUUCAACUUGAUAUUGGUCGAGGUUCGGGACUGUGGAUUCACCCAACGCUACGCUCACGACAUCCACUAUGCUAAGCGCGUUUUAGCCCAAACGAAAAAAUACAGAUCGGGAUCAUCUCCUACCCCUCAAUGCCUUGGUGUGGAUGCACAAGCGACAGACAACGGAGUACUGCAAUUUGAAUUUUUCAACGCGCUCGUCAUCAUCGAGGCGAAUACGAGUCUUAUCCCUGCUCCUGGUUCUGACGGAAGCAGAUCACGGACGCCUUCGUCACAUGCGUCACCGCAACCUUCUCUCGCAACCGCAUUUUUCAUCCAUCCACCUCGUCAUUGUUCCCCUGGAGGAAUGGAAAGACGUCGUCGCAAACCAGUCCUUGAUACUUCUGCGGGGUUGCCGUAUCCUACACAGAAAAGGCAAAAGUCCAAUCGCCUUGUUGAUUCUAUCACACCCGCACAAAAUGCUCCCCCUUCUACCGUUCAGGAUGAUCCUCCAUUCCUAAAACAAUACGCGCUUUCCACGCUAUCGUCGGUUGGAAAUAGGCGUCACAUACUAGGACUACACAUUAACGGACUGGAUUUUCAAUUCUGGUAUUUCGACCGUGCAGGAUCUAUCUGUUCAUCUACCAUCAACAUUCUACACGAGUCAAAACAAUUCAUCACUUCAAUUAUUCAAUUAUCUCUCGCAGACAAGGAAUGUCUUGGUUAUGAGACUCUCUUUCGGGCUCCAAUGGGUUCAAAACGUCGAUCAUGGUCAGACAUUCGGGAUCAUGAGGUCGAAGCAGAAGGACACUGGUUCAAACUUAUUAGUGUCAUUCAUUCUUCAUCAUCAUUAUACGGACGAGGGACUUCCGUGUACGAGGCCAUCAAAAUGUCAAACAUAUCAUCGCACUCUUCGGGUGCAUCAUUCUCCGAAUCCAAUCACGUAGUCGUCAAAUUGUCGUGGCAACCCGGCUCAAAACAUCGGGAAGACGAGCUCUAUCGCCUAGCUCAUCAAAGAGGGGUCCAGGGCUUAGCGACUUUACAUGCAUCAUGUACAGCCUUUGUUCUAUCUGAAGGUCGCAUCCGUCGCAUGUUGUGUAAAGUUGGAUCCUUUCAAGAUCGUGAAUUACGUAUGCAAGUACUAUCACCAUUUUGUGUUCCUCUGUACACGAUAAAGGCCUUAAACACGUUCAAAGAGGCGUUCAUAUCGCUAGUGCAAGGUUUGUGGUCACCCUCUCACCCUUCCCUCCCUUUUCCUUCCUUCCCCUGCACCUUUUAUUGAUUUCCGUGUGACUUGUCCCAGCCCAUCACGAACUUUAUGAAAAAGCCGGAAUACUACAUCGAGAUAUCAGCUACAACAACUUGAUGGUUGACUCUCAUGAUCCCACCCGUGGUAUCCUCAUUGAUCUUGAUAUGGCUGUUCGUGAUAAA